CUGCGGGCCUUCGACGUGCUGCCCAACGGGACACUGGCGCUGGCCACCAGUCGCAUCUUCAGCCACAACCUGGGCGAGCGUCCUGGAAUUCCUGAUGGUAUGAAGGUGGAUAUCGAGGGCAACGUCUACGUGGGUGGAUCCGGCGGUGUCUGGAUCAUUGACCCGUCAGGCAAGCACCUUGGCACCAUCGACACGGGCGCUCCGCUUCACACUAACAUGUGCUUCGGCGGUGGCGACUGGAAGACACUGUUCUUUACUAGUUGGGACAGGUUGUGGUCAGUAAAAAUCAACGUUCCCGGCAUACCGGUUCCUACGCCCAAACCAUAA